UCUAACGUAGGGAAAGCAAGAUAUCGACUGGUAUUGCCUAGCGAGUGAUCGACUGGGAGCGCGAGCCUCCACGGUCAGAGCAACAACUGGCGAGUGUUAUACGCUACAGUAUGCGAUUGACAGUAUAACAUGGGACCCGCUACAACCAUGGAUAUGUUAAGGUAUAUUUCCCUUAUACUUCUGACAGUUUGUGAUGCAAAUGACAAUGCUAAAAGACUGUUCGAUGACUUGUUGAGAACAAGCGGUUAUAACAAGCUUAUCAGGCCAGUGGGGAAUGAAUCGGACAAGUUGUACGUGAAGCUGGGUAUGAGAUUGUCCCAGCUCAUAGAUGUGGAUGAGAAGAACCAGGUGAUGACGACGAACGUCUGGCUGAGACAGGAAUGGGUCGACAGAAAGCUUACAUGGGUCCCCUCGGAAUACGGGGGCGUGGACAGACUGUAUGUCCCGUCCAAAGACAUAUGGCUUCCUGAUAUUGUUCUCUACAAUAAUGCCGACGGCAACUACGAGGUGACGUUGAUGACGAAGGCGACCCUCCAUCCCGAUGGUCUUGUGGUGUGGGAACCUCCAGCUAUCUAUAAGAGUUCCUGCAUUAUCAAUGUCAAGUUCUUCCCAUUUGACGUUCAAAAUUGUUCAAUGAAGUUUGGGUCCUGGACAUAUGACGGCGACCAAGUAGAUCUAGUCCAUAUGUGUUCCAACACACAAGGUCCCAGUGCCACUAUCCCCCAAGGCGUGGAUUUGAGGGACUUCUAUCCUAGUGUGGAAUGGGACAUUUUGGACGUAUCUGCCAGGAAGAACACAAGAACGUACCCUUGUUGUAAUGAACCAUAUCCCGAUAUCACUUUCGAAGUAACGAUCAGGAGAAAAACCUUAUUCCAUACAGUCAAUCUGAUUAUUCCCUGCGUUGCCAUUUCGUUCUUGACCGUUCUUGUGUUCUACUUGCCAUCAGACUCGGGGGAGAAGGUUACCCUCUGUAUCUCUAUCCUGCUUUCAUUGACCGUGUUCUUCCUGCUGCUGGCCGAGAUUAUUCCUCCAACAUCCAUUGAUGUCCCACUGAUUGGGAAAUAUCUACUUUUUACAAUGAUUCUUGUUACAUUGUCUAUUAUUGUGACUGUUAUUGUUCUAAAUGUACACUUUAGGUCACCCUCUACCCAUACAAUGGCUCCAUGGGUAAGGCGAGUGUUCUUAAACAUUCUGCCUAAACUUCUUGUUAUGCGUAGACCUCAGCAAGAGCCUGAACGCAUGCAACAAAAAGUUGUUGUAAGGACAUGUAACGGGAUCGAAGUUCGGGACACGUCUGGCGAAAACAGACAUUUGAACUUAGGUCCUGGCUUCGAACCCCCCAGGCCAACGGACUUUGGUCGACCGAUCCAUGAAGAACUGGUUCCCACCAUUGACCAGCAUACAGUGCCGCGACUGAGAAAAAGAUGGCCAAAGGACGUUCAAGAGGCCAUCGAGUCAGUAACCUUCAUUGCAGAACACAUGAAGAACGAGGACAGUGCAGCAUCGAUUAUUGAAGAUUGGAAGUACGUGGCUAUGGUGCUAGAUCGGCUGUUUCUAUGGAUCUUCACGAUUGCCUGCGUUGUUGGAACUUUCGGCAUCAUCCUGCAGGCUCCGACAAUUUACGACAACAGAGAGCCGCUAACAGCGCACCAGAGACCUGACGACGAAUGUUAGGAGGGAAUGGGAAGCCAGCCCGCAUCUACACCGGAUUCUAGAUCGUGAGCCGAUACCAGGUGCCAUCCAGCUGAAGACGUUGGUUACCUGAAGGUAGUGUAGGCACCGCUGUGGUCGUCCUUACUGCCCAUAGGGAACAAUUCUAGAUUUCAAACAUAGGAAAGAUCACAGGCGUUCAACUCUUUAAUGAACUCUUUUAACUAUGUGAUGAACCUCCCAUAUUUCUUAGCAAUGGACAUUGUAUUACCUCGUCUGUUUAUUGAGAUAUAUUAGCACAAAAAUACUCUUUGUGUCAAGAUGAUUACAUACUAUUGAAUGUUUUUCAAUCGGUCCUUGUGAUAGCAAAGAUUUUAAGUUAUUGGAAUCAUGUUGUGUCUGACUGUAGGUCCGGUUAUCCUCACAGGAUUGUCAUGUACGUUCGGUUAUUCCUGACACUAACACUGCCUCAUACCUUCAGAACUAAGGUGAUAUAUUGUAAAUGUGUGAUUGUAUGUUUCCUGCCAUGAGCAUAAUUCCACGAUCUCUACAAGAAUGAAUGAGUGAUGUUGUCCUGUAUGAAAGCUGAUUAAUUUUGUACAUUACAAAGGUGACUGUUAUAAGAGUAGCAUAUUCUUAUCAUUUUCCUUCUGCACAUUGUCUACCGAAGGCAAUAUGCAGAAAUCAUUAUUGCUUUAAAUAAAUUCCAAUGAAG